AUGGCUGAGCCGGCAGAUGCGCCUCCGCGGCUGCCACAUCUCCCGGCGGACAUCUUCAUGGAGAUCUUGUCCCGCGUGGGCGGCGUUGUUGCCGUCGUCCGCUGCGCGGCCACCUGCAAAGCAUGGCGCCGCCUCAUCCUAGAGCCGUCCUUCCUCUCCCGCCACCGUGUCGGCUCCUCAUCCCUCCUUGGAUUCUUCUUCCGGGACACUUCCCAAAAGCGGGCCCAUCGCCGCCGCUACCUCCGCCGUCCCACGCGCUUCCUCCUCCUCCACUCCUCUCAGCCGCAGGCAACCACCGAGCUCCACAUGUCACAGUUCUUGCCGAACGCGGCCGGCCUCAGCCGGUUCAACGCCGUCGUCGCGUCAGGCGCCGGCAGGCUUGCCCUUGGCCGUGCAAAGGGCAGCUCCGGCGAACCCAUCAGGAUCUGCGUCUGCGACCCCAUGGCCGGGACCUCCACCUUUCUCCCCCCUCUCCCUACCAGUACCACACUGUUCCGCGAGAGCCUCGUCUUUCUCGACGCCGAUGGCUCGUCGUUCCGCCUGGUUGCAGCGGUGGAGAUGAACUGGACAGGGAAGAUCCUCCUGCGCGUCUUCUCCUCCCGAACCGGACAGUGGGGCGCGGCCCUCACAGCCCAACCGCCUGAUAACCUGGUGGUCCUCUUCGGCUCCCCUGCCGUCGUCCACCAUGGCGCCGUCCACUGGAUAUGUGAAACCCGUGCCCACCCGUACACGGUGCACGCACUGGCCGUGCGUCUCGGCCAGACCGAGGUGUCGAUGCGCCGAGUCGACCUUCCGCUGCAGGCAGGCAUAAACCGCCACAACACAAAGCCACUUCGCCUGUCCAGUUCAGCUCAUCAGGGGUGUCUCUCCUUGGUUCUUCUAGACAAAUCCGUCAUCUCCAUCUGGAAUUUCCAAGACGACGGCACCGCCGGCAAGUCGUGGGCGCUUCACAAGACGGUAUAUCUGAUGCCCGAUCCUUUCGCACCAUGGUGGUCGCCCUCUAUUGCAGCAUUGUGCGACCAGAGCGGCUCCUUGUUCUUGACUGCAGGCCAGGGCCUUUUCAUGGUGAACCUCGAGACAGGGAUGACGUCCAAAGUAUGCGAUGCCCGUUGUGACAAGUACGAGUGCCCAUACAUGCCGGAUUUGAGGUCUUGUCUGGGAGCCAUGAAAAGUUUCUGA